AUGACAAAGCAUCACACGCAGGAAAAAUCGCUCGGCAUCCCGUAUCGAAAGAUGAAUCAGUCUUCGAGCGAAGCUUGGAAUUUGCUCGAAGAAUUGCGUUAG